AGUAUAAAUAAGUUUAUUUUCACAGUAGCGUAAUAUAACAUAAAGGUGAAGUGUUUGAUUAUAGUUUAAGAGUGCCAAUAUAAAAUAGUUCGAAUAUAAUUACGGUUAUGGCGAGACUACAAUUAAUUUUGAAUAAGCUAGUGCUCGGAUUUUAGCUGAACUCAAACGUUUUUUCUCAAAUGAAAUAAAUUUUCCAACUUGUCACUUUCGAGAAACCGUUUUAUACUUACUACUACAAUGGCAUGUGGAAUGGGUAGCGGAAGAGCAAAGGGGACAGGUAAAGGUCAAGGUCGGGGCAAAGGCGAAGAUGCUAUGUUUAUUCUUAUUGGUUAUGUCAUCGUGUUAGUCUUACUAGGACUUGUGAAGUUUGUCGUUGGACUGGUUUUCCGCAAUGGCUGCCCAGCUGACAGCGCAAUUCCAGCAUUAAUAGCCGGAACAGGUGGUGGCGAGGCCGUUAUCGAUGCUGUUGUAGGUUGCGUUGGAAAACUUGUUGAUGCCGCGAAGGGUGGUGUAACAGUUGUAGGACGUGUUUUUCUUAUUGUUGAACACCUUAUAGGCUUAAUUUGUGGAAGCAUUUAUAUCUUUCACAAUUAUGCUUAUUUAUCUGGUGGUUGUGAUGGUGCCGAGGAAUGUUGCGAUCAGCAUUUUAUGAAGUUCGCUCUCGGUGUCACUAUUAUAGAAUGGAUCCUUAUACUAUUUUGCUGUUGUUGUUAUGGUUGUACUAAAAUGUAGCAAGUGCUAGGAUAUAUAACAAUUGCAAAGACUAUAGUCUUUAUAAAUGUAUUAGGACUGCCGUGUUGAACUUGAAACUUAUUAUAAU